AUUACACCAACCGGCCUAGCGGCAGACAUUUAUGGAGUCACACUGGCCUUCUCUAUACUUUCGACGAUUGUUCUUGGUCUUCGAGUGACGGCGCGAAUUCAGUCCAUGAAGUUUGCAAUAGAGGAUGCCCUCAUGUGUGUCGGCUGGCUCAUCAACAUGGUUCAUAAUGCGGUCAUAAUCUACGGUGCGCAUACUGGACUAGGCACUCCAGACUCGGGAAUCCCAGGCGGGCCCACGGGGGUUACUAUUUUCCUCUGGCAAUGUUUUUUCCUCAGUGGCUACGUUUUUAUCAAGUGCAGUAUCUGCAUAACAUUGUUGCGAAUUGCGGUCAACAAACGGCACCGACUCAUCCUCUGGAUUCUCAUAGGAGUUUCAGUCGUCUCAACGGUCUUCGUACAACUCUAUGUCCUCUUACAAUGCCGGCCCAUUGCAGCCUCGUGGGGAGAAGUGCCGGGUACUUGCGUUACUAGCAUGAUCACCGUUGCUAUCACAUUCAUCAUCUCCGGCUUCAACCUCAUCACGGAUGUCACGACGGCCGUCUUGCCUUUCAUCAUUAUUAAAGACAUCCAGAUGGGCAAGGAGAAGAAGCGGGCUGUCAUUGUCGUCUUGUCACUUGGUGUGCUCGCCUCCGUUGCAACCAUUGUCAGACUGCCCUAUGCCACGGCUUACUUCGCGACGUCAGAUUACAUGGUGGGAAUGGGUGACAUCAUCAUGUGGACCGUCGUCGAGUGCGACACAGCUCUCAUCGCUGGGUCGCUACCUAUGGUCCGGACCCUG